CGGCUCAUUACUCAUUUGUCUCAACCUUAAAUUAUACUAUAAAAAAAGAUAGAUAGAGAGAGAGAGAGAGCUAGAGAUAUGGGAAGAGGGAGAAGUUCAUCGUCUUCGUCGAUAGAGAGUAGCAGCAAGAGCAACCCAUUCGGUGGUUCAUCAAGUACUCGGAACCUAAGCACGGACCUGAGGCUCGGACUCAGCUUCGGGACAUCCUCAGGGACUCAAUAUUUUAACGGUGGUUAUGGGUACUCCGCUGCAGCUCCGGCGGCAAUGGAGGAGGAAGAAGAGAACGAGUGUAACAGUGUAGGGAGCUUCUACGUGAAAGUGAACAUGGAAGGAGUUCCAAUUGGAAGAAAGAUCGAUCUAAUGUCUCUUAAUGGCUACCACGACUUGAUCAGAACCCUAGAUUUCAUGUUCAACGCAUCCAUUCUCUGGGCUGAAGAAGAAGACAUGUGCAACGAGAAGAGUCAUGUGCUAACGUACGCAGAUAAGGAAGGUGACUGGAUGAUGGUUGGGGAUGUUCCUUGGGAGAUGUUCUUGUCUACUGUGAGAAGACUGAAGAUUUCAAGAGCUAAUUACCACUACUGAUAUAUAAGUCUACGUACUUGUGUUAAAUCGAAGUAAUGCCAAGAAAGAAGUUUUUGUCGGAUGUAAAUCAAUCGUCGGAUAUUUAUUAUAUUAUUUUCGUUUUUCCUCUGUGAUAGUACAUAAAUCUUGAACUCACUCUCUGAGUCUCUGAUUAUUCUCUCCUGUCCUCAUCUCCUCGGUAAUACACAGAAUAUAGCAAC